GCGCGCACAAUGUACUAUGUGUCUACGUGCCAAACUCCUACUCGCUGGGAGAGGGUGAAGCAGUGAUCGCGCGACCCGUCUAUCAGCAAGCAUAAAAGGUGCAGCUACUGAGCGGGUUCUCCAGAAGCAGCGCACACAAACACACACAAGAAACACCUGAGGGACUGUUCCAGCUCUGCUAGCAAGUGUUGGUGAUCGAUGGCACCUCCUCCCCACGAGAACGAGAUGACCAGGUCGGAGUCGGCACCGGCCACGGCGGUGAAGACGGUGGACGUGCAAACGGCGGCGACACCAGCCGUGGGGGUGACGCCGGUGGACGUGCAGACGGCGGCGACACCGGCCGUGAGGGUGACGACGGUGGACGUGCAGACGGCGGCGAGGGAGCUUCAGGAGCAGCAGGACGGCAUGAUGUACCUGGACGUGAGGACGGAGGAGGAGAUGGGGAAGGGCCACAUCGGCGGCUCCCUCAACGUCCCCUACUUCUUCGUCACACCACAAGGGACCCGGGAGAAGAACCCACGGUUCGUGGAGCAGGUCGCCUCGCUCUACACCACAGAGCAACACAUACUUGUCGGGUGCCAGAGCGGCAAGAGGUCAGAGCUGGCAUGCGUUGAUCUCCUAGCAGCAGGGUUCAUGAAUGUGAAGAACGUGGGAGGCGGCUACGCUGCUUGGCUGCACAACGGACUCCCAGUGACAGUGGCAGUCCCCACGCCGCCACCAACACCUGAAUCUGCUGCAGCAAUCUGAAACAACUGGUAGUAUUAUCUGUAACAUCUAUCAACUCUGCAGCCACCAGUUCUGUGUGGUGCUCUCUGCCUGUGUAUAAUGCAUCUAUGAAUGCAAGUCCAAGUGGAUCGAUGGAUGGCUGUGAUAAUAAAACAUAUCAGUGUGCCUGCCA